AAACAUCUCUUCAGGGGCUUCAAGCCAAGCUGCAUGUAACCGUCAGAUGCAGAGGUAGAGCAGCUUUUCUGGCCUUUUCUUCACAGUCUGGACUGCAUCCUGAGGAGACUGUUCAUGACAGGACGGGAAAAGACUAAAAACAAUAAUCAGGGUGGAGGAACGACCACCAGGCCCCCCGUCACAACACCUACCCCAUCCAACGAACCGUGGGACAAGUAUCGGCUGCCUAAGAGUGUGGUGCCAAUCCAGUACAGGGUGACGCUGUGGCCGCGACUGAAACCACAUCCAACCACUGGACUGUACAUCUUUACUGGUAACUCGGAUGUAGAGUUUGAGUGUGUGGAGGAAACCGACCUGAUUCUUAUCCAUUCCAACAAACUCAACUACACUACGCUGGAAAAUGGGCAGCUGGCAAAUCUCACCCCAGUCGGUGAAGGCAGUGUUCCGGCUAUCAAGUCCUCCUGGCGCCAGACGGUCACUCAGUACCUGGUUCUGCAGCUGGAUGGUAAACUGACGAAGGGCAACAAGUAUCACCUCUACACCGACUUCACUGGAGAGCUGGCUGAUGACCUGGGAGGCUUCUACAGGAGCGAGUACUGGGAGAAUGGAGUCAAGAAGGUUGUUGCUACCACCCAGAUGCAGCCAACAGACGCUAGGAAGGCCUUCCCCUGCUUUGAUGAACCGGCGAUGAAGGCUUUUUUCUUCAUCACUCUGAUGCACGAACCUGGAACGGUGGCUCUUUCCAACGGCAGAGACAUUGAGACGACCGAUGUUACUGUUGACGGCCAGACUGUGCAGAAGACGGUCUUUGAGCGAACUGAGAAGAUGUCCACCUACCUGCUGGCGUUCAUCGUCAGCGACUUUGAAUUCAUUAAUAGCACCAUUGAUGGAGUUUUGAUCCGUAUCUUCGCUCGUCGUUCUGCCAUUGCUGAUGGCCAAGGAGCGUAUGCCCUCAGCAUAACCGGACCCAUCCUUAAAUUCUUUGAGGAGUACUACAGCUCCAGCUACCCUCUGCCGAAGUCUGACCAGAUAGCUCUCCCAGAUUUUAAUGCUGGAGCCAUGGAAAACUGGGGUCUGAUCACCUACAGAGAGACGGCGCUGCUGUACGACGAGGAAUUCUCCUCUAACUCCAACAAGGAAAGGAUUGCUACCAUCAUCGCUCACGAACUGGCGCACAUGUGGUUCGGUAACCUGGUCACACUGCGCUGGUGGAAUGACUUGUGGCUGAAUGAAGGCUUUGCAUCAUACGUGGAGUACUUGGGAGCGGACAAGGCUGAACCCAGCUGGAAUGUGAAAGACCUGAUGGUGCUCAGUGACGUCCACAGAGUGUUUGCCAUCGACGCAUUGGCUUCCUCUCAUCCGCUGUCCUCUAAAGAGGAGGACAUCCAGAGACCGGCACAGAUCAGCGAGCUGUUUGAUGCCAUCUCAUACAGCAAAGGAGCAUCCGUCCUCAGGAUGUUGUCAGACUUCCUGACUGAACAGGUCUUCACAAAGGGACUCCAGACCUACCUGAAUGAGUUUGCUUAUGGGAACUCCGUCUACACAGACCUGUGGAAGCAUCUGGAAAUGGCUGUCAGCACCAGCGGCACCAACCUUCCCGACACCGUCACCAACAUCAUGAACACCUGGGUGCUGCAGAUGGGUUUUCCCGUGGUUACCAUCAACACCGCCGAUGGUGCCGUUUCCCAGCAGCACUUCCUCCUGGAUCCAGACUCUGAAGUCACUACUCCAUCCCCUUUCAACUAUCAGUGGAUUGUUCCAAUUAAGUGGAUGAAGACUAAAGUCGUCCAGGAAGCUGUAUGGCUGAAGGAUAAAACAGCUACAUUUGAACCGAUGAAGGUGACAGGCACCGACUGGGUCCUGGCCAACCUCAAUGUGGUUGGUUACUACAGAGUCAACUAUGACCAGGCCAACUGGGACAAACUGCUAACAGCUCUGAGCGGCACUCACACGGACAUCCCAGUGAUAAACAGAGCUCAGCUGGUGGACGACGCCUUCAACCUGGCCAGAGCAAAGAUCAUCCCAACAGUGCAGGCCCUCAACACCACCAAGUACCUGAAAAAUGAGCGGGAAUACAUGCCGUGGAAGUCAGCCUUGAACAACCUGGGCUUCUUUAACCUCAUGUUCGAUCGCAGCGAGGUGUACGGCCCCAUGCAGGCCUACCUGAAGAGCCAGGUCACACAUCUGUUUAAUUACUACAAGGAGCUGACAGGCAACUGGGUCAAAGUGCCCGAUGGACACAUGGACCAGUAUAACCAGGUGAAUGCCAUCAGCUUGGCUUGCAGUACAGGCCUGAAAGAAUGUGUAGAUCUGGUUAAAGGAUGGUUCAAGCAGUGGGAGGCAAGCGGCAACAACAUCAUCCACCCCAACCUGCGCUCCACUGUGUACUGCAACGCCAUCGCAGCAGGGGGCGUUGCAGAGUGGGACUUCGCCUGGAAGCAGUUUAAGAAUGCCAGCAUCGCUAUCGAAGCCGAUAAACUCCGCGCUGCGCUGGCUUGCACCAAAGAACCCUGGCUCCUGAACAGGUACCUGGAGUACACUUUGAUUCCAGACAUGAUCCGGAAGCAGGAUGCCACCUCCACCAUCGUCUACAUUGCCAACAAUGUGGUUGGUCAGUCUCUGGCGUGGGACUUCGUCAGGGCAAGGUGGUCGUACAUCUUCUCAGAGUACGGUGGUGGAUCAUUCUCCUUCUCCAACCUCAUCAAUGGAGUCACUGAACGCUUUUCCACUGAAUUUGAGCUUCAACAGCUGAUGCAGUUCAAGGCCGACAAUGCAGAAGUCGGUUUUGGCUCCGGGACGCUGGCGUUGGAUCAGUCCAUCGAGAGAACACAAGCCAACAUGAAAUGGAUUGCAGAGAACAAGGAGAACGUUCUGAACUGGUUCAAAGAUGAAGCUACAUCCUAACCUUAGCAGUGAAUCUGUUUACUUCUGCUUGUAAUAUAAAGAUGUAGUUUUUUCAUUAGAAUGUAUCUUGCAUUCUUUAAAACAGAAGCACAGUUAGCAUAUACCCAUGUAAACUUACAAUAUAACUUUGUUAUAAUUAACCUUUGUGCACAGCUUCCUUGUAAUUAUUUUUAUGUAUGUAUUUUCUUAUGUUUACAUACUAGCAGAUGGGAAAUUCUUAAUUCUAUAUUAUAUAUUGCCAUAGUAAUUUUAAGAGUUAAUGUUUGAUAAAUGUCCUUUUUUAAAACAGAAAUUUUUAUUCGCACUGGAUUGAUAUUGAAGAGAUUUUUAUAUUUAUUGAUUGGAUUAGUUCGGGUUAUGAAAGCUGCCUGUGUUAACAUCUUGUUAGCCUGAGCCACGACUUUUGUUUUUACGUUUUUUUAUUCUUCUGUUACCUCUGAUUAAACAGGACAUUAAUCCUUGAAAGUAAAUAUGUUCCUGUAGCCAUCACAGUUGUGGCUGCACAUAAUCAAACUUUCCUUUAAACAUCUAAACACCAUGUUUUAAAGUUAUAAUUUAUAAAAGACAAUAAAAAUGUUUCUUAUGAAUUC